CGAGAAAAGAAGAAACGUUCAUCGGAAGUUCAUCACCUUCCUGGAAGCUUCAAACUGACCAAGCAUUGAAAAGAACACAAGAAGAAAACAGGUUUCAGGGCCUCUGGCUUUCUGUUGAAAACAAGUGUGUAUGAAAACCAUUCAAAAAUGUCAGAGACUUCCUCCCACGACUCCUUCUACGAUUCCUUAUCAGACAUGCAGGAAGAAAGCAAGAAUGCUGACUUCUUCCCGGGACUGUCGGCUUUUCUUAGCCAGGAAGAGAUAAACAAGAGCCUUGACCUGGCCCGGAGAGCUAUAGCCAACUCUGAAACAGAGGAUUUUGACUCAGAGAAGGAGAUCUCACAGAUUUUCAACUCCUCUCCUGUCUGCGUCUGUGAAAAUCCUUCCCACAAGGAGACCAAGCUGGGUGAGCAAAUCUCUUCAGGAAGACUUCAGAAUAAUAAACUAACAUCUAUCCAGCUUCCGGCAGAAAAACCAAAUGAGAGAAUCACUUCACCUGCUUCAAGGAGGAAAUCUGCUGUGUCUCCCCAGUUUGCCAGGCCCAGUUAUAUCCGAAGCCUCCGAAAGGCUGGCAAAAGGGGCGCAAAAACUCUCAAUACAAAUGAGAAGCCCAAACCGGCACAUCAAAGCAAGGCUGGUCCUCAGAGUGAGCUGUGUGACAAGGCGGCUAAUUUUAUCGAGGAGCUGACAUCCAUAUUUAGAGGAGUAAAACCAAGAAGCAGGAGCCCAAACGGGGAGUUGUCAUCACCAGACAGUGGGUAUCUGUCUCCUAAAAAUCAGCCAUCGAACCUGAGGAGUACCUCGGCCAGCCAGAGCCCCACAGAAGACCAUCAAGAGAUGGAAGCAGAGGUCAAGCGGCCUGAGGCCAUGCACUGCUACCAGGCUGACCAGCCCGUGGCGAGGCCACGGUGCAGUAGCGCCUCUCACCCGCAACCCCUGAAGGCCCCCCAUUUCCAGACCGCGCCUCGGUUCAUCCAGAAGCUGAGGAGCCAAGAGGUCGAGGAAGGAAGUCGCGUUUAUUUGGAGUGUAGAGUCACUGGGAACCCAACUCCUAGAAUCAGAUGGUUCUGUGAGGGGAAAGAGCUACACAACACUCCCGACAUUCAAAUCUUCUGUGAGGGCGGGGACCUCCAUACCCUGAUCAUAGCCGAGGCCUUUGAGGAAGACACAGGCCGCUAUACCUGUCUGGCUACAAACCCCUGCGGCUCAGACACAACAUCCGCUGAAGUGUUCAUUGAAGGAGCCAGUUCAACAGAUUCUGAGACUGAAAAUUUAGCUUUCAAAUCAAAAGCUGGAGAUAUGCCACAAGCUCAAAAGAAAACGACUUCAGUCUCCUUGACAAUAGGAUCAUCAUCUCCAAAGGCAGGAGUGACCACAGCUGUGAUUCAACCACUAUCUGUCCCUGCUCCACAGGUUCACAGUCCAACUUCAUAUCUCUGCCGACCUGAUGGAACCACCGCAGCCUGCUUUCCUCCUGUUUUUACAAAGGAGCUGCAGAACACCACUGCCUCAGAAGGCCAGGUGGUGGUCCUGGAGUGCCGGGUCCGGGGAGCACCUCCCCUGCAUGUCCAGUGGUUCCGGCAAGGAGUCGAAAUCCAAGACUCUCCAGAUUUCAGAAUUCUACAGAAAAAACCUAGAUCUACAGCAGAACCUGAGGAGAUUUGUACCCUGGUUAUCGCUGAGACUUUCCCUGAAGAUGCAGGGGUCUUUACCUGUUCAGCAAGAAAUGAUUUUGGAUCAGUGACCAGCACUGCCCAGCUGGUUGUCACCCCAGAGAGCUGCAGUCACAAUACAAUGGGAAACUCCAACAAGGAUCACUUUCCACCUCCCCCUCCAAUCUUGGAGACAAAUUCCUUUGAGUUGGCUUCCAAGAAACCAUCUGAGACCCAGCAGGGGAACAGACCUGAUUUCGGCCUCAGCAUGGCAGCCCUUCACAUGCAAUUCAAUUCUGCUGAGAGAGAAACGAAUGGAGUCCAUCCCAGUCAUGGAGUAAAUGGACUGAUCAACGGCAAAACUAACGGUAAUAAAUCUCUGCCAACACCAGCUGUCCUGCUUUCGCCUACUAAGGAGCCACCGCCUCUGCUUGCCAAACCAAAACUGGACCCUCUGCAGAUCCAGCAGCUGCAGAACCAGAUCCGCCUGGAGCAGGAGGCCCGCGCGCCGCCCUCGCCGCCCUUCGCCCUGCUGCCCUCGCAGCCGCCGCCCGUGGCCGUCAACGCCUUGGGGCUGCCAAAAGGCGUCACCCCCGCAUACCUGCUUAGCCGAUCUCACCUUUUACCCCUGCCAUUCUCGUUCUUGUUUGUGGGGAGAACGCUGCUCUCAGUGGGUCCACAGCAGCACGGUGAUGCCUUCUGUCUCCACCGCAUACUUGUGCAACUGGGUUAUGUCCAGGCUAGAAUAGGAAUGGGAAACAGUGUGCGCCACCAGGGAUUCCCAAAGAAGGCCAGCAGAACUGCUAGAAUAGCCUCUGAUGAGGAGAUCCAAGGCACAAAGGAUGCUGUUAUUCAAGACUUGGAACGAAAACUUCGCUUCAAGGAGGACCUCCUGAACAAUGGCCAGCCGCUGGGACUAGAACCAGCAAUUACUGGAAACUAA